CCACAGCAACGUAGCAAGACUUGUCAAAUACCCAGCGUGUGGCAUUCACACUCACCCCUUUCAUGAUGAAGAAUAUUGUGUACACCAUCCUAUCGGCAUAUCCUCUCUUGGCAAGCUAUGGCGCCUUGGUACUUGCAUGUGGGCAGUCGGCCAUGCUUCCCCCGCGAGGCCUGAAUUUGACUCAGUUCAAUGUCGCUGCAAAGAGUGCCAUUGGUAGUCUCACCAGGAUGCCAGCCUGGACAACGGGCUGGGACUGGGACCAGGGAACAGGGCUCUAUGGCAUUUGGAAACACUAUGAGGCGACCGGAGAUGUACAGUCGCUCCAAGAGCUCGAGACCUGGUUCGCCCGGGCCAUUCCCCGCGGCGUGACGAAACAUGUCAACAGCAUGGCCGCCAUCACUGCCUUGGCCGAAAUCUACAAUGUCACCAGCAACCCAUCCUACCUGCCCGUGCUCGAGGACUGGGCUUUUUGGGCCAUGUACAACCUGACUAGAACCGCGGACGGCGGCUGGCAGCACCUCACGACCGAACCCCAUCCCGGCGAGAUGUGGAUCGAUACCCUCAUGAUGGCGGCUCUGCCGCUGGCCAAGAUUGGUGUGUUGACCGACAAGCCCGAGUAUCGACAAGAAGCCGUCUUCCAGUUUCGAAACCACGUCAAGUGGAUCUUUGACUCUCCCAGCGACUUAUUCUUCCACGCGUACACUUUCAACGACAACAAUAACUUCGGCGCCAUCCACUGGGCGCGAGCAAAUGCCUGGGGGUUGAUCGCCGCCGUGGAACUGCCGGAAUACUUAGGUCUAGCCGACACGGAUCCAGAUGCCAUCUACUUCCGCAGCAUAUUGACACGACAACUGGCGGCCCUGGCCGAGCUACAGGACCCCUCGGGCCUUUGGCGCACCGUCCUGGACCGGCCCCUCAGCGAGGGUUCGUACCUCGAGACCUCAGCCGCGGCAGGCUUUCUGUUCUCAUAUCUGAAGGCUCAGCGUCUGGGGUACAUUGGUUCAGAGUAUCAGCCCUUGGUACACAAGGGUCUCAAGGCUGUUCUGGGUCAGAUAGCGCCGGACGGGCUUGUGAGAAAUGUCAGUGGUUCGACCGGCGUUGGCCAAGAUGCGCAGUAUUAUUACGACAAGCCCAGGCUUCAGACAAUGUGGGGUCAGUCGUUGGCCGUUUCCGCGCUUAGUGAGGCUAUUCAGCUUUAUGGUGUUGAUCAGUGUUAGACUGUGUCUUUGUUUGGGUAUCCAGAACCAAUUUUCCCUCUGAGAUUGUCG